AUGGCCCCAGCUAACGGCGAAUCGAUCGAUGCCCUGAAGGACCUCAUCAACAGCCUGGAGUCCCGGAUAGUUGGAUUGGAGAAGGCAUUGCUCAAUGGCGGUCAUUCAGACUCCAAUUCGGCUGCUGAGUCGAUGCGGAUGAUCCUGAUGGGCCCUCCUGGAGCCGGCAAGGGAACCCAGGCGCCCAAGAUCAAGGAGAAAUACUGCGUGUGCCAUUUGUCUACCGGUGACAUGCUCCGAUCACAAGUCUCCCGCCAAACUGAGCUCGGCAAGGCUGCAAAGAAGAUCAUGGACCAAGGUGGACUUGUCUCCGAUGAGAUUAUGGUCGGCAUGAUCAAGAACGAGUUGGAGUCGAACAAGGAGUGUAAGAAGGGUUUCAUCCUUGAUGGAUUCCCUCGUACAGUUGCUCAAGCUGAACGACUGGAUGACAUGCUUCGCGAACGCAAGCAGGCGCUGCAGCAUGCCGUCGAACUCCAGAUUGAUGAUAGUCUUCUUGUUUCUCGGAUAACGGGCCGACUGAUCCACCCGGGCUCCGGAAGAUCUUACCACAAAAUCUUCAACCCACCGAAGAAGGAGAUGACCGACGACAUCACUGGGGAGCCGCUUGUCCAGCGCUCUGAUGACAAUGCCGAGGCAUUGAAGAAGCGCCUGGCCACUUACCAUGCUCAAACCGCGCCCGUUGUUGGAUACUACAAGAAGACCGGUAUCUGGAGCGGAAUUGAUGCUAGCCAGGAGCCUGGCCAGGUCUGGAAGAGCAUUCUCGGAGUCUUUGAGCAGAAGCAAUCUCCAAUCCUUAGCAAGAUCGGGUUGUCCAAGUAA